AUGGCUUUCCUUAACCAAUUAGCAGAUAAAUUCGUUCAUGGCCCAGACCAGCCAGUACUGAAACGCCUGAGCUACGUCGAUCGUAGCGGCAUCGACAGAAACUUUAUCCGCAAAGAUCUCAAGUUGAUUCAGCUUGGCCUUCUUAUCUGCCUAGCCCCCAACUUGGAAUUCCUCGAGCUUGCGUUAUGCAAUGAACCAGUCCCCCUUCUCCGACGGUGCCGGCUUCCUCGUCUUCGACAUCUCACCCUGAUAUGUCGAUACAGAUCCAGUCAGGUCUCGCUGAAUUCAGUCAAAAACAUUUUGAAAUCAGCUCCCAAUCUCCAAACAAUCGAAGCUUGUGGGAUUGGUGCUGUGGCGGCUCUGUCUGAGCAUAACAACCUCAGGACAUUGGUUUUGGAGCGCAGCGUCAUGGCACAGGACGAUUUCCGAAGAACCAUGAGCGCGUUUCCCAAACUUGCAUCAUUCACUUUCAAAACUCCCAAGUUUGCUCUUUUAGAGAAUACCGAUGCCACACCGUCUCAAAUCGAACAGGCCAUUAUGAUCCGCCGCGAUACCCUUCGGCAUUUCGACCUUGCCGUUGACCCUGCGUUUUGUCUACCGAUUUCCCACUUGAUCGAAAGUCUCAACACGACGGCUCUCGAAAGUUUAAGCAUCGACAGCAGAAAUAUCAGGGCUACUAGGUCUGAUGACCCUUCCUCGACGAAAUUUGGACUUUUGAGUCUUCUACCCCGGAAAAUUCAAUCGUUUCGACUUACAUCCUGCUCAGACCAUAUGUGGGACGACGUCUUUGAACUGGCUUCCAAGAGCCGAGUAUACUUCCCGAGCCUCCGCAAGGUCGAAUUUCCAGGACUCGAAACUAAGCAGGCAGUGUUGAAGCAGGCCUUCAGAGAGUCAAAUAUCGAGUGCUCUUUUUAG